CCGAUUUUAGGGGUUUUUGACUUUGUUGACCAAAAUUAUGGAUGGGACUUAUACAACACAAUCUGAAUCAGUUAGGAAUGACAUCGCCUUGUCUGGUGAAAAAGAUCAUCACAAGAAACAUGUGCAUCGGAAGAGUAAGGUAUAAUGCGGCAGAGCUGAGAGUGAAUUUUUCUUAAAUAAUGUUGUAGUAUCAUGAAUCAGUAAUCUAUGCUCUUGAAGUUGAAUUAUACUGCGAUGCACUUCAAAGAGUGGAGUACAUAUUAGUAAUUCUCCAUCCAGUGUCUCUGUAGUUUCGAAAGUUUCAUUCAUUUGGCAUAAAGUAAAGGGAUGUGAAUUAUGUGCCCGCCUCUCUUUCUCCAAGCACUCGAUUGUAUACAUAUUGAAGAUCUGAUUUAAUGUUGGUGACAAACUGAUGGUUUAGAUUUCAAUAAAUUCUGAGCAUCCUAAUAACCAAUUAUGAAUUCUUAAAAUUGGGUUAAUGCUAUCUAAACCACAAAGCUUGGAAAUUGAACUUCCUUUUCAUUUGUUACUCCAUACAUUCUCAUAUCGUCAAUGGAAUGCUGUUUUUUCCGUACACGUUCACCAGCGUGACUAUGAAAAAGAGGUCGAGGACUUGAAAAAGGAUUUCGCGAACUGCAAGUUACAAUUGGAAGCAAAACAUGCUGCUUAUGUGCAGGCACUUCGUAAGGUGGAACACUACCAGAGGCUAAAUUCUGAUUUGUUCAUCCUGCUGAAGAAGUCUGAUUCCCAAAGAAAAAAACACAUGAAUGAAGGCAAUGACAGAAGAGCUGGCAUUGAUGAGCUUGAAUCCAUGAUGAAAGAGAUGGAUGAUCAGUCAGCGAAUCCUAAGUUCAGAGAGCAGAUUUCACAGUUGUUGAGUGAAUUGAAGGCCAGAGAGGGGAUGCUACUGAAGAAAGAAGGGGAACUUCUUGCUGCUAAAGAUUCAGAACUCAAGGCACAGACCAAAAUAGAGGAGAUGGAGACAGCCUUCAACAUUGAAAAGGAGGAGAAACGACAAAUUCUACAGAAACUGGAGGAGCUCAAGGUUGAGAUUAAGCAAAGAGAGGAUCGCAAUGACAUGGGACAAAAGGAAAGAAAGAGUAUGGAUCAAACUGUAUAUAUUGAAGCACUGGAAACUGGAUUGAAUCAGUUGAAACAAGAAGUCGUCAAUGCAAAGAAAGAAGCAAAUGGCCUGAAUAGUACAACCGAAUCACUCAUAGGUGAGAUGAACAAGAUCAAGGAGAAAGAUAUUGAGGCAGCUGGAGAAAGCAACACUGAGAGUAACAAUGACCAUAUCACGAUCCCAUUGAAGGAAUAUGAGUCCUUAACCAGGAAGGUUGAACAGGCAAAUGAAGCUAAAGCAGCAAUGAAGAAAAGUGGAAGCCAGUCUGAAACAGCAAUGUUGAAAAUGGAGUUGGAAGCAGCUACAGCAAAGAUUGGGGAGCUCAGGGCUCGUGCAGACCAAGCUCUUAGCAGAGCUGAGUUGGCAGAGAAAGCUAAAGCAGAUCUAGAGGAUAAACUGAAAAGGCAUCGUGAAAAGAAGCAAAGAAGGAAGGCUGCUAUGGCGGCACUUGAAGAGGAAUCUACACCUGCUCAGUUUACUCCUCCUGGAGCGACACCUCAAGUGUAUGAGCCGUUGAGUGAGAUUCUCAAUUUGAAGUUAUAGAAGUCUUUUUGAAUUUUGAUAUGCAUUAAAUCCGGGGUUAGUAUGCUGGACUAUGUUCGACAAUAUUAUAGUAUACCUCGAAUAUAUUAGCCGUUGAAUAAGGUUCUCAAUUUGGAGUUUUACAUGUGUUUCUGACAUGCACUGAAUACAGGAUUAGUGUGUAAGUUGAUCUGUAAUAUUAUAGCAUAUGUUUACGUUCUUGUAUUUGUUCAUCAGGUAGGAGGAUUAGUGGAAUAGAAUAUACUGUUGUAAAUUAUUAAGAAAACUGCUUUUUUCCCCCAUUUUUUUGUUUUGUUGAUAUCAGGUUGAUCCAUCGGCUAUAAUGGAUGAAUUAUGUUGGAAGUUGUAUGGAGCAUCUUUUUCUGGGUCUGA